AUGUCGUCUGAAACUUUCGAGUUCCAGGCUGAGAUUUCUCAGCUCCUCUCCCUCAUUAUCAACACCGUCUACUCCAACAAAGAGAUCUUCCUGCGAGAACUGAUUUCCAACUGUUCCGAUGCUCUUGACAAAAUCCGCUAUGAGGCGCUUUCCGACCCAAGCAAACUCGACUCCAACAAGGAUCUCCGCAUCGAUAUCAUCCCCGACAAGGAAAACAAGACCCUGACCAUAAGCGAUACCGGUAUCGGUAUGACCAAGGCUGAUCUCGUCAACAACCUGGGUACUAUCGCCCGCUCGGGUACUAAGCAAUUUAUGGAAGCUCUCACUGCUGGUGCGGAUAUUUCUAUGAUUGGCCAAUUCGGUGUUGGUUUCUACUCUGCCUACCUCGUUGCCGAUAAGGUGACCGUCAUUUCCAAGCACAACGAUGACGAACAGUACAUGUGGGAGUCCAGUGCUGGUGGCACCUUCAAAAUCACCCAGGACACCGAUGGAGAGCCACUUGGUCGUGGUACCAAGAUGAUCCUUCAUCUCAAGGACGAGCAGACUGAAUACCUGAAUGAGAGCAAGAUCAAGGAAGUCGUGAAGAAGCACUCUGAGUUCAUCUCCUACCCAAUCUACCUUCAUGUCCUCAAGGAGACUGAGAAGGAGGUUCCCGAUGAAGAUGCUGAGGAGGUGAAGGACGAGGGCGACGACAAGGCUCCCAAGGUCGAAGAGGUCGAUGAUGACGAAGAGGACAAAACGAAAGAGAAGAAGACCAAGAAAAUCAAGGAGACUAAGAUCGAGGAGGAAGAGCUAAACAAGACCAAACCUAUCUGGACUCGCAAUCCUGCUGAUAUUACUCAGGAGGAGUAUGCUUCCUUCUACAAGACUCUUUCCAACGACUGGGAGGACCAUCUUGCUGUGAAGCACUUCUCCGUCGAAGGUCAACUCGAGUUCCGUGCGAUCCUCUUCGUUCCCAAGCGUGCUCCUUUCGAUCUCUUCGAGACCAAGAAGACUAAGAACAACAUCAAGCUCUACGUCCGCCGUGUCUUCAUUACCGAUGAUGCUACCGAUCUCAUUCCCGAAUGGCUCAGCUUCAUCAAGGGUGUUGUCGACUCUGAGGACCUUCCUCUCAACCUCUCUCGUGAGACCCUCCAGCAGAACAAGAUUAUGAAGGUCAUCAAGAAGAACAUCGUCAAAAAGACCCUCGAGCUUUUCAAUGAGAUUGCUGAAGACCGUGAGCAAUUCGACAAGUUCUACUCUGCUUUCAGCAAGAACAUCAAACUCGGUAUCCAUGAGGAUGCCCAGAACCGCCCUGCUCUUGCCAAACUCCUCCGCUUCAACUCCACCAAGUCUGGUGACGAGACCACCUCACUUACCGACUAUGUCACCCGCAUGCAAGAGCACCAGAAACAGAUGUACUACAUCACUGGCGAGUCUCUCAAGGCUGUUCAGAAGUCUCCCUUCCUCGAUACCCUUAAGGAGAAGAACUUCGAGGUUCUCUUCCUUGUUGAUCCCAUUGAUGAGUACGCCAUGACCCAGCUCAAGGAGUUCGAUGGCAAGAAGCUCGUCGACAUCACCAAGGACUUCGAGCUCGAGGAAACGGAGGAGGAGAAGAAGGCCCGCGAAGCCGAAGAAAAGGAAUACGAAGGCCUCGCCAAGAGCCUGAAGAACGUCCUUGGCGACAAGGUCGAGAAGGUUGUCGUCUCCCACAAACUUAUCGGCUCCCCCUGUGCCAUCCGCACUGGCCAAUUCGGCUGGUCCGCCAACAUGGAACGUAUCAUGAAAGCGCAAGCCCUCCGCGACACCUCCAUGAGCUCCUACAUGUCCUCCAAAAAGACCUUCGAAAUCUCGCCAAAAUCCCCAAUCAUCCAGGAGCUCAAGAAGAAGGUCGAGGCCGACGGCGAGAACGACCGCACAGUCAAAUCCAUCACCCAGCUCCUUUUCGAAACCUCUCUUCUCGUCUCGGGCUUCACCAUCGAGGAGCCUUCCGGCUUUGCGGAGCGCAUUCACAAGCUCGUUUCUCUUGGUUUGAACAUUGAUGAGGAUGCUGAGACUUCCGAGGAGAAAGAGGCAGACACUGUCGUCGCUGAAGCUCCGGGUGAGAGCGCUAUGGAGGAGGUUGAUUAG